UACAGUUAUAAUUUUACCAAAACGCAGAAGCUUUGACCCUUUCACCGGCUUUGCUAUCUCUUCUUCAUCUGCAGUUUCUACCUCGCUUCUCGACUGCUUGAGUCUGGGUAGAGAGGUGGCUACCUGUUCAACCUAACGACUUUUCAAUUCCUUUUCAAAGUCAAAAUUUCACGAAGUUUUGGAAAAUGUUUUAGAAAAACCAUAGUCAAAAUCCCCUCAUCUUAACCAAAACCUUUAACCCAUCUUUUCAAUCUCCUCAAUUUCAUCAUCUUAGUCUUUAAUUUCUUCUAAAAUAUUCUGGGGUGCUUUGAUUUUGAUCAAAAUUGUAGUUAUUUCUGCUAAAAGGGUUCAAUUUCUUUUGUGGGUAUUUAAGUAUUGAAGCCGUUUGCCAUGAGUUCGAACCCUACAUCGAGUUCUGGAACUCCUGGAUCAGCCGAUCCUGCAGCUGCCAGAAGAAAUUCAAAGCGACCCAAAUAUUCAAGGUUCACCCAACAGGAACUUCCAGCUUGCAAACCAAUCUUAACUCCUCGUUGGGUGAUAUCCGCUUUCAUGGUUGUCAGCAUUAUCUUUAUUCCAAUUGGAGUUGCUUCACUAUUCGCAUCUCGUGACGUUGUUGAAAUUGUAGACCGUUAUGAUGAUGACUGUGCACCUGGGUCUAAAAGUGCAAAGGUUAACUUCAUUACAGGACCUGGAGAUAAAACCUGCAAUAGAACACUAACAGUGUCAAAGCAUAUGAGAGCACCUAUUUAUAUAUACUACCAGCUUGAUAACUUUUAUCAGAACCAUCGCAGAUAUGUGAAAAGUCGAAGUGACCAGCAGUUGAGGCAUAAUAGCAGUGUUAAUGAUGUAAGCGCUUGCAGACCAGAAGAUACAGCGAAUGGAAGGCCAAUCGUGCCUUGUGGUCUUAUAGCUUGGAGCUUGUUUAAUGAUACCUAUAGUUUUGCUAUAAGUAACAGGAACCUUACUGUUAACAAGCAUGGAAUUGCAUGGAAGAGUGAUAGAGAUCACAAAUUCGGGAGAGAUGUCUUCCCAAGUAACUUUCAGAGUGGAGGCCUUAUUGGUGGUGCAAGUUUAAAUGAAUCUAUCCCACUUAGCGAUCAAGAGGAUCUCAUAGUAUGGAUGCGAACCGCAGCUCUUCCUACGUUUAGGAAAUUAUACGGCAGAAUACAUGAGGAUUUGCAAGCAGGAGAUGUCAUAAAUGUUACUUUGAUGAAUAACUACAACACAUACAACUUCAACGGUCAGAAGAAGCUGGUACUCUCUACCACUAGCUGGCUCGGUGGGAAAAAUGACUUCCUUGGCAUUGCAUAUCUAACUGUUGGUGGCUUAUGCUUCUUUUUGGCCAUGUUAUUCACUCUCAUUUAUCUUGUUAAGCCAAGACGACUUGGAGAUCCUUCAUACUUGUCAUGGAACAGGAAUCCAGGGGGGAGAUAAUUAGUUGUUGGCUGCGUUAAUUUUAUCUGGAAGAAAGUUGUUUUGUAAAUUAAAAAUACUUGGUUAGUAUUGUAAUUGAAGGUUGAUGAAGUACAUUCUAGAUCCAAAUGUUUGGUUAUUGUAACGAGGAUACUACUACGAGAGAAAUGUAUUAUGUUUAAUUUUAUGAAUAUACAUACACGUAAGGUUUUUACGUUA